AUGGCUCCAAAGUGGUUCUCGCAAAGCGAUGACAACUCAACCUUGUACUCAAAUACAUUGACUUCGACUACGACCGACCGAACGCUCAAAAAAACGUCACGUCUGUCAGCAACAUUUGGCCCCGACUCUAGACCAUGGAACUUGAUGAGCUCUUCCUCUGACCGCAGUUCGUCGUCUUCGAGAAAACGGCUGUCACUGUUCGGCGCUCGUAACUCCACAGCCUCGUCAGCGGACGUUUUUUCAUCUGGUCAUUCUUCGCCUCGAGAUUCCGCUUUCGUCCCUCCUGGUCGAUCCGAAAUUUCCCUCCGUCCUGAAUCUCGCUUCAGCAUUGAUUCCAAGUCGACAACCAUCGCCGUGCCACCUACGGACAGCUGGCGCUCGUCUAUCUUUUCCCUCAGGCGUUCGUCCAAAGCUUCGAGGGGCCUGGAAUCCAAAGAUGAAACUCUGAUGAGAUGGCUGCGUAGUGACAGUCGUACAUCGAGCUGGAGACGUGAGUCCACUGAUGGUGACAGGGAGCAUGAGAAGAAGAACAUCUCGGCUCCCUUCAACUUCCAGCAUGUCACACAUACACAGCAGGAACAGCUACCACAAUUAGCAUCCGUGACUGAUAGCGAGCUUGUCUCGGAAUUUUGGGCCGCUUCAGCCUUUCAAGCGCCUAGAAGCGAACUUCGCGGAAUCAAAGCAGAUCCUGUUGACAGCAGCUACCGUGUUCGCGCAAAUGAGAGGAGACCAUCUACCGCUUCGUCCGUUCGCUCCGAGUCCUUUGCACUCAGACACCGCGGGUCGAGCUUCACAUCAUCGGUCCAUGAACUCGACAGCACUCCUCGUACUCCUUGCGAAGUCGAGUCCCCUGUGGAUGAGAGAGCACGCUCAUUGUCUCUCAGCUCAAGAACACACAGCUUCUCCCGACUGGACCUCCCCUCGCGGGAAAGAUUGGCUGCCUUGGGAGCUGAGCAAAGGGAGCCACCUACCAUGAUUCAUCCGGCUCUGCGUGCACAAUCGACACCCCCUACAGUAGAACGCACAUCCAGUCAGCCUCAGAUCUUCGAACUACCUGGUACCAGUCUCGAGUCAGUACCUGAAGAGAUGGAAGGUUGCGGACCCAGUCCAGCAAAAGCUCCCCGAGCAAAAGCCAUGCUUGACUUAUCACCCCUCGCAUCUCCCNAAGCUCUCUCCGAACUCAUCACCAUCCCUCAGUUCGACUGCUCGUCAAAAAAACGGUCUGGUAUUCACACCUUUUCCCGUUNNGGCAACGCAUUUGCACAAGCACAUGGAGGCUCCGGUGCCGAAGUACCUAGAACCUCUUCCGAGAGUCGACUCUCUUUCAGUGUCGAUGGCAACGUACCCAGCUUGACUUCUGGUGAAUCCUGGGAGAACGAUAUUGAUUUCUGCUACCUAGUCGAGGCUGAAUCAUCUUGUGACUUUGACUGGGAGUCGGUAAGAUCGAGCCGCAAAGGUUCCGCCUCUUCAGCUCGUAGAGACUCGACUACCAGUGUCUCUAUGCAACGCGCCUCGUACUGUGAUCCGCCACGCCGAGCAAGCAUCAAGUCGCAGCCUGAUGUCGAAGCACUUUUCGCGGAUUUCGAUGGCAGCUCGAACUUUGUCAAGGAACAAACUCGACACGACUCACCUCAGAUGUCUGUCUCGCGUGCUGACUUGAGCCCGAUCUUGGAAUCACCUUCCAAAAUCCCGACCACCGAUAGCAGCUCCGAGACGGUCAGUCCGACGAAACCUGCCCACACUCGCUCCAUCUCCUUGGAUGAUAACGUCAAGCGUGGCCGCAGCUUGGAUAGAAGUGCACGCUGGUCGAUCGCGUCACCGCUGUGUCUCCCUGAAGAUGCCAAGCAACGCGGCAUCACCUUCACACAUCCUGUGUACAAGUCACGAGCAGUUCGCAUGUCGGUUCCUGCAGGCUUCGCUGCCNCUCCACUCCCGCCCCCAAAAACAGCCCUCCCACCAUUGCCCGCACAGCAGCCAGCGAAGCCUGUCUCCCCACCUGUUUCACCUACCUCAACAUGGCCCAGCUCUUUCCCAACCAUGCGCAGACCUUCUUCUGCACAGGAUCGCGCCAUCCUCCAAGCUGCUGGACGCUUUGUCAGGAAUGGACGUGCAUCAAGCAGACCCGUGACACCAAGCCGUCUUUCGCAUGUCCAACACGCCAUGCGUACCUCAUCUUCCGUAGCCAUGGACUCGCCCACUUCGCCCAAGACAACAGUUAGCACUGAUUGCAACUACGGUGGAGUUUUGCCUACUCCACCCAUGUCCCCACCCGAGCAACAUCAAGGCUUCCAAGAAUACCCAGCUUGGAUAUAA